UAUGGUUACGCUUAUUGUAUCAAAUUCUUGUUGACGGUUUGUUGUGUUCUACAAAGUGCUUAUUAGUUGUUUCAUUGAAAAGGAACUCAUUCGUAAAAUAACUUUCCCAAAUAGUUUAUUUAAUACGUACUUUUAAGAAAACAGAUAAACAACAUGGUUGUAUGCUAUGGCUGAGUUACACAUAAUUGGUCAAAUAUCGUCAGCAAAAUACUUUCAACAACCGCGACUUUUAUGCAAAUGGAGCUUUCAUACAGGCAGCAAUUGGAGAGUUGUAAGUGGAAUUACGGAAGGUCAAACACAAGAAUGUUGUGACUUUUACACAAAUGUUCCAGUUUGGGAUCAUCCCAUUGACAUACAUUAUACAACGCAAACGCUUCAGGGCUCUCCGAAAGUGCUUUUACAGAUAUUUUGUAGAGAUAAUCAUAGUAGAGUCUUAUUUAUUGCUUAUGGAGUUUGCUCUGUUCCAUUAUCUCCUGGUUUCCAUUCUCUCGAAUGCCAUACAUGGAAACCGAUUGGUGAUUGGAAAGACAGACUAAAGGACAAAUUCCUAGGUGUCACGUUACAACUGAAGUCUCCAAGUGUUUUGUGUAACACGCAGGAUAGAUUUGAACUGCUCACUGAGAGUAUGGGUUCUGUGAAUAUUAAUUUGCAUAUCCUUGCUAAAAACUUUGAUAAGUUUGGAUGCAAUUUGUAAAAUAUCACCAACAUA